GCUGUCAGGAGUUAGGAGUGUCAAGUGUCAAAAGUUUGUCAAUCUUUUAAAAAGAUGCUUCGAGUUUUCUAAAGGAAUAUCGAAAAAUGGACCACAUUUUUACAAUUAAUAAAAAAAUUAAUAAAUCAGUGGACACCAACAAGCAUCUAUCAUUUACGAAACUAGAAAAGUCAACCUUAUGCUCAAUUUCAAGCUCCAACGUCGUUGCUUUCAGCACGGAUUGCAAUAUUGAAGAAGCCGGUUCACUGUUUAGGAACUCUAAUGUCUACGUUUGUGAUUUAAACAGUCCCUGGCAAGUUCAUAAAAUAUUAUCAAACUCUUCACCUGUUUCUGUUCUUCAGUGGGACUUUACAGGCGACCUUCUUCUAGUCGCGGAUGAGAACGGCUCUAUAAAGAUCUACAAAGCUAAAGACCACAUACUAAACGACUGGACGCUAGUCCUCCAGACUGUCCUUGAAGGGGAACAUAUUUUGUCAGCGGCGUUUUUCCACUCUGGGAAGAAAAUUUGCCUCAAUUCCGAGAAAAAAGACAGCGCUUUGUACACGGAGAAGUUCCACCAUGUCAAAUUUGCCUGUUCUGUUAAACAGUUUGGGGGGCGUCCUGCUAGUGGGGCUUUGUUACUUACAACAACGGGAAUGUUAUGCUCGAUUUUACUCCCUCAAAGUACAAGUCAGGUCUCUAUGGUUAUGGCAACUGAGAGUUUGGCACCUACAAGGAUUUUUAUCAAAGCUGCCGAUAUUUGCUAUGGCAAAAACGGCCAUUUUUUGCUCGCUGUUAGUAACGGAGAUUUAUCAAUGCCUAUUCAAUGUUACAAGGUGUCUGUGAGGAAGAUUGAAGAUAAGUGUGUUAUCACAAGCCAAUCUCUACUCAGUUUUUUCUUAUUUGAGGCACCGAAGGAAGCAUUGAUGGAGCAGGUUUCCAAAGAAAAAAAUAGUCACAUAAGUCAUAUCAAAUGGAUAAUGAGAGAAGACGCAGAUUCUGUGGUGGUUUCAGCUACAAGUGAUAAAAUAAGUUGUUUGCAGGUGUGGGAAUUAAGAGAAAAAGCUUUACCAGUACAUAAAUCACUAGGAAAAUCUGAAACUCCUCAAUUUUUCAAUACUGUUUUGUGGCAAUACCAGUGUCACUUCCAAUACAACAGUAAAGUUACAUCAUUAGCUACAAGUAAACUAAGUUUACUAAAUAACGUUUCAAGCGGGUAUGUCGUUGCCACAUUUGCCGACAAUUCCAUCCAUUGUCUGUACAGAGACACUCUAAAACAUCUCGCCAACAUUACGUUAACCAUUUGCCCGCGUUAUUUUGACGAACCUCUCGCUAGAUAUCCCAAAACUAGUAUCAAAAUCUCGAACAUUGACAUGUCCUUGCUCGGGAAUAUUUUACUCGUAAUUGAUUCAGAUGAUAGCCUCCAUAUGUUUAAGUUACCACCCCAAAUCGAUAGCUCAACACCUCUAAGUGUCCCUUAUUGUACCACAAUUUUGGAAUAUUGUAUGAUGAGCGGUUUUGAUUGGUUAGACUUAUUACUAGUGUUAAGACCUGGGAUGUUAGAUGCGAUAUGUGACAGACUUACCGAGAGUUUUAAUCGACAGCCUUCGGCGGUGCAACAAUUUUUCUACGUGCAAUACUUAUGCAUGAAAAUAUCAUUGUGCAGAUUGAGCGUUCAAGGUCAAGUAAAGGCCCAUGAUCUCGCCCAAUUCCUGAUGCUUCACAGCAUAUCUACAGCUUUUAAAAGUCUUCUAAGGCCAAGCGAGAUGAGUAGUCAUGAUAAGAGUCCUGCAGACUCGUUAGCAAAUGUAAUCGCUGAAGGGCAAACCGAUGUGGACAAGGUUUUAAUGCACCUCGAGGCGAAGGAAUUCACCGUCGAGCCCUCAACUCUCCAAAGUUUGCAACAACUCAUCCAGUGGGUGGCCGAUUUGGCUCUCAAUUUGCUGGUGAAGUUACCAGAUAGUCGUCCUUCCAUGGGAAAGCUGUACGAAUUGUUACGUGAUGUCAAAGCCUUAAAUAUGUUAAGGGAAAUGUUAGUUUUGAUACGAAUAUGGGGGCUGCUGAGGCCGGCAUGUCUCCCAGUUUUUAUCAAAUCUGAUGGAAGUUUGGAUGUUUUGGCUCUUUUGUUCCGAUUAUUAAGCCGAUUGGUCCAAAACGUGAACGAACCAGAUGAUACUCUGAUUGACGAAUGUUGCCUCUUACCUAGCCAAGUCCAAAUCCAGCUUCUUCUACCUAGCAAUAAUAGGGCCGUUUUAGCGUCUCCACAACUCGUUCAACAAAUUCUACCAUUACAGUUAGAAUAUAACAACGACCCUGAAUGUCUCAUGUCUUCCACCGACUCGGGGACAACACAAACAGUUGAUUCAAUCCGACAUUUAUAUCUGGGGCGUACUCCUAGGGCUAUUAAACAGUGUGUCAGAUGUGGGGGUUCUGCAGGAACGAUUCUGGUGACUCGGACGGCAGCAAUAAGGGCUUGGGAUCAGCGCUGGCUUCGCUCUUGCCAGUGUGGGGGCCUUUGGAGGAUGCAAGUUUAUACAUGAAUGACAAAAGAGUCGCAAAUGUGGUAAUGAUUGUGUAACAAUGAAAAUGAUAUAAUUUUAUAUGAACGAGUUGUCUAAAUAAAGAUUCAAGGAGA